AUGAUAUACACUAAGAAUGCUUACGGUAGCAUUUCUUAUACCUAUCAAGAUUUUAUAGAUUUAAGAUACAAAGGUCUACACAUGGAGCAAAAGAGGAUUCUUACUUUAUACAGCGCUAUUGAUUUUUCCGGAAACAGACUUGAAGGACAGAUUCCUGAAUCCAUUGGUCUCUUGAAGGCACUGAUUGCACUCAACUUAUCAAACAACGCUUUCAUAGGUAAUAUUCCCAUGUCUAUGGCCAAUCUUAUUGAGCUUGAAUCAUUAGACAUGUCUAGAAACGGACUAUCUGGGACUAUUCCUCAAGGACUCAAGACCCUCUCGUUUUUGGGGUACAUAAAUGUGUCCCAUAACCAACUCAAGGGUGAAAUACCACAAGGAACACAAAUCACUGGGCCACCAAAAUCCUCAUUUGAAGGGAAUGCAGGGCUUUGUGGUCUUCCUCUCGAAGAAAGUUGCUUCGGAACGAAAGUGCCACCAAUACAACAGUCAAAGAAAGAAGACAACCAAGAGGAUGCAAAAGUGUUGAACUGGAAAGCAGUGGCAACAGGGUAUGGACCUGGAGUUUUUUUUGGAUUGGCAAUAGCGCAAAUCAUUGCUUCAUACAAACCGGAGUGGCUCGUCAAGAUAAUUGGUCCUAAUAAGCGUAGAAACCAUUAA